AUGCCAAGUCAUCAUUUACACUCCACAAACAUGCCCGAAGAACGUGGAACUACCUCUUCUGGAAUGAGAAGCAGUGAUGAUACUUCCAUUCCCAUUGGUCAUCACGGUGCUCAUCAACAGCAGCAGCAUGAAGUUCAUUACGGAACCUCCAGCGGUGGUGGUGGUGGUUUUGGUUCUCAGCAACAACAACCUCUUCAUCAUCAUCAACAACAACAACAACAACAAUAUGGAAUGGUUGGUGGACAUGAACACGAACGUGGAACAACCUCUCAAACACAACAAACCGCUCAAUGUCCACUUGGAUUUGGUUCUGGUACAAAAUUCCACAGUGUCUCUAAGGAAGCUGCUCUUCAAUUUGGAAGAGUUCCAUUGAGUGGUCAAUCGAUUGUUCCACAAAAUGUAUUGACCAGAGACAAUGGAUGUCCAGUGGGACAUGUGAAAGAUUCCAUGACAGCUGGCAGUCAAGGUCCAUUAUGUGUUGGAGAUUUGGAUCUUCUCGAAAAGUUGUUGCAUUUCAAUUGUGAAAAGAUUCCACCAAGAAAUGUUCAUGCCUUGGGAUGUGGUGCCUAUGGUACUUUUACAGUCACCAAUGACAUUAGACAAUACACAAGUGCUGAUUUGUUUUCUGAGGUUGGAAAGAAGACUGAAUUUAUUACGAGAUUUUCUGGAAUUUUCACAGAAGUUGGAGAUGCAGACACCACUCGAGAUCCUCGUGGAUUUGCUAUUAAAUUCUACACUUGUGAAGGAAAUUGGGAUCUCUUGGGAAUUAAUACACCAGUGUUUGCUGUGAGAGACGCCAAACCAGGUCCAGAUGCUGUUCAUGCCUUCAAACGAGAUCCAAGAACAGGAUGCUGGAACGUGACUCAGACUUGGGACUUUGUUGCUUCCCAUCCUGAAGGUCUUCAUCAAAUGGUCAUGCUCUUCACGGACCGAACAGGUACUCCCAUGAGUUAUCGUACCAUGAAUGCUUACGGUUGUCAUACCUUUUCAUUUGUUAAUGACAAGAAGGAAAGAUUCUGGGUCAAGUUCCAUCUCAAAUGCAUGCAAGGAGCCUAUGGAUUCACACAACAUGAAGCUAAAUUAGUGGCAGGUGAAGAUCCAAACUUCCUCUCACGUGACUUGUAUCAAGCGAUCGAAAAAGGAAAUUACCCAAAAUGGAAAAUGUAUAUUCAAAUUAUGCCAGAAGAGGAAGGUUACAGACAUCCAUGGACAUUCGACCCAACCAAAAUUUGGAAACAUUCUCAAUAUCCUCUCAUUGAAGUUGGAGAGUUAGAAGUGAAUAGAAAUGUCACUGAUUACUUUUGUGAAGUGGAACAAGUCGCAUUCUCACCUUCAAACACUGUUCCAGGCAUUGGUCUUUCACCAGACAAACUCCUUCAGGGACGUCUCUUGAUUUAUGACUCCACACAGAUUCAUCGUAUUGGACCUAAUUAUAGACAAUUAUAUGUGAAUCGUCCACUUGGUGUUGAACCACAGAAUUACAAUGUUGGAGGACAAAUGAAUUUGAGAAUUCAAGAUAAAUUCCCUGGCUAUGAUAAGAGUGUGUUUGGAGGAUUGGUUCCAAAUGCCAAGUACAUUGAUCCACCAUUCCGUUGCACUGGUAAUGCAGGUCUCUAUGAAAUGUAUCAGGAGGGCUCUUAUGAAGAUUAUUAUCAACAAGUGGCAGACUUUUGGAGAAUUCUUAGUGAUAAGGAGAAGAAUAACUUGUGUGAUAAUAUUGCGUCGAGCUUCUUUAAGGUUACUGAGCAACGUGUCAUUGACAGAAUGAUGCAACAUUUCCAGAAGUGUGAUCCAAUGUGGGCACAAAUGAUUGAAUUGAAGCUGAGAGAGAGAAAGGAAGGUAAAUACAUGACUGAAGGAGAGAAGAUUUGUAUGGAUUACACCACUCGAUUGCUCAAACUCACUCAAAAACAAGCAUUGUAA